GCAGUUGAAGGGCCGGGGGGACGUUCAGAUGAUAACAAAGCCCGUUUACAGCUCCAACUCACUGGCCAGUGUCCCUGCUCUUCCGCUUUAUACCGUUCGUUUUCUUCUUCUAUCUUCUAUCUUCUUUGCCUAAAAGAUCUCGGGUGCGCAAAAGGCGGAAUGGCGGUGGCCACGGCGACGGCGGUGUCACUCCCCGGCUCCGCCGCCAUGACUCGGCUUUCCGGCGAACUCUCCCGUGCGGAAGCGAACUUCCCUCGACUUCAUGUCCCUCCCACGCACUUUCUUCAGACCAGAUGCCUGGGGAAGAUGGCCACGUUCCGUGGCUCCAAUUCGAAGCAGACCCACCACAAGAUUCCUUUCGCGUAUGGCAAAGAGAACGUGAAUGAAGAUACCGAUGACAUGUUCGAUGAUUUGUUCAAUAAGUACGGAAAAGUGGUGUUCAGGAGAAAUGACAAAAGACCUAGUGCCGAAGUUGAUGAUGAUGCAGAAAGUUUGUCGUUUGCAGUGGCAAUGGCUAAGGUUGCGAGUGAGGUGAAAGCUGCAGACAUAAAAGUCCUCUUCGUGAAGCCUCUUGUGUAUUGGACCCGCUUUUUCAUCAUUGCCACAGCAUUUUCUCGCCCUCAAAUCGAUGCCAUUGGGUCAAGAAUAAGAGACCUAGCAGAGAAGAAGUUUGGGAAAGUUCCAUCUGGGGACUCAAAACCUAACUCGUGGACCCUUUUAGAUUUUGGUGACGUGGUUAUCCACAUAUUCCUUCCCCAACAGAGAGAAUUCUACAACUUGGAAGAGUUUUAUGGUAAUGCGACGCCUAUUGAGUUACCUUUUGAAAACCAACCGCCAUUCCGUCCUUGAGAGAGGCAUCGACUCCUUGUUUGAGGAUAAAAGAACUCAUGGAAAUGCGAUGCAUUGGUCUACUUCACUUGGGCCGCAUUAACUUUGCUUCUUGUUGUUCUGCGGAGUCGACCCUCUGACAUGCUUGAGGGCUGAAAGUCUAUCAGGGUUCUUCAGGCAUGACCUUCCGGCUCAGAUGGUCCACAUACAUUAGAGACAUGAUUAAGGCAACGGGGAUCAUGGAGGAAGUGGUCUGGGUAUUAUUUUGGAUCUGCAAAUUUUACAAUUAAUAUCGUGCUGUUUUUACUACUUGAGGGUCAACAAGGUUUGAAAGUGACGAUCUUCCCCAACAGUCGGGCUUGGAUAUGCUCAUAUGGUGUAGUUGUGGUAGCCUAGAAGGUGAUAACUUGUACUCCACAGUUGCUUUUCAAUAUUUUUUCAUCUUA